AUGUUCUCUCUUGGUUGGGAGGAAGGGGGUGCUGCGUGGGGUUGUCGGAGACGUUUGUGGGAUUGGGAGGAGGAGAUGAUAGGCGAAUUUCGCCGUUUACUUGAUAAUUUUGUUGUACAGACUGAUGUUUCUGACAGGUGGCAGUGGCGUCCUGACACUGUGAGCGGGUAUAUUGUGCGCGGAGCUUAUCAUAUUUUAGCAGAACAGGUGCAACAUAUAGGUGAUGGUAUUGGAGAGCUUGUCUGGCAUAAACAUGUACCUUUGAAGGUCUCUAUCCUAGCGUGGCAACUACUGCGGGACAGGCUACCAACAAAAAACAAUCUUCUAAGGCGUGGCAUUAUUCAUCCUACGACCAAGUACUGUGUUACGGGGUGUGGAAACGACGAAACGACUCCUCAUUUGUUCUUUCAUUGCAAUACUCUUGGAGCUUUGUGGCAGCACAUUCGGCAUUGGCUAGGAGUUUAUGGAGCUGAUCCGUAUUCUGUUAAUGAUCAUUUUUUGCAGUUUACUUAUGCUCUAGGAUCUUCGAGGACACGAAGAUCUUUUCUGCAGCUUCUUUGGUUAGUGGGAGUGUGGAUUUUAUGGACGGAACGUAAUAACAGACUUUUCAAUAAUGUUCAAAAUUCCGCGGUACAGCUGUUGGAAAAGGUUAAGUUUAAUUCAUUGUGGUGGCUUAAAGCCAAUAACAUUACUUUUGCUUUAGGUACUCAAAGGUGGUGGUCAGACCCGUUACUUUGUUUGGGUAUUGACUGA